AUGCUGGAGAUGCCUACGUGGCCGCUGGAGGCACCUUCCUGGAUGCUUCGUGAUGCGAAGCCAGUGAGGACGCGCACAAACGUGGACGACAAAUCGGCUGGCGGCACGGCUGGUACCCAAUAUGCAGCUGCCACGUGGCAUGGGAUGGAGGACGCACGAAGUGGAGCAGGAGGAUGGAGCAGUACUGGUGGCGGUGGUGGUGGUGGCGGUGGUGAUGGUGGCGGUGGUGGUGGUGGUGGUGGCGGUGGUGGUGGUGGUGGUGGUGGUGAUGAUGGUGGUGGUGGUGGUGGUGGUGGUGGUGGUGGUGGUGGUGGUGGUGGUGGUGGUGGUGGUGGUGGUGGUGGAGUGAGGGAGGGAGGACGGAGAGAGGCGGCAAGAAGUGCAGAGCUCCAGGAGAUGAAGCUGAGAGGAUUUGUACGGGAGUUGGAGGAGAGGAGGAGGAAUACGGGGAGGAGUAGCGAUGGUUCGAGGAAGGAGGAGGAGGGGGAGGAGCAGAGGAGGAGGAGGAGCAGCAGUGGUUGUAUGAGCCAGUCAUUGCCGUCGUCGAGGAGUCUGGAGGCAUGGAUGGAGGCGGUGGGGAUGAGACGAGCUGAUGCUCAGCAGGCGGCUUCUCAUGCUCUGCUGACAGAUUCUCGCACUGCUCAGCUGCCCCAGAGAAAGCCCAAUCACGGAGGAGGGAGCCGGCAGUCGGAGAAGAAGAAUAUGGAGGUGGAUGAAGAGCAUCGGGGCGCUGCUGCUGCUGAAGGGCUGCUGGGGUUAGGAGAGAGAGGAGAGAGGGACUUCGAUGGAGUAGACGGGAGUGGGAGCAGUUUGAUUCGACUAAGAAAUCAUCUGCUGCUAAAGGGAUUAGAGAGGAGAGCACGAGUCGCAGCGGCAGGGAGGGGAUUGGUCGGAAGAGACGGGAGUGGAAGUGAUGGUAAUGCGGCUUUCUGUGGUGGUGCCGGUGCUGCAGCUUCAGUCGGCGGUGCUGCGGCUUCAGUCGGUGCUGGUGGUGGUGGAGGGAGCGGGAUUUUUGCUUUGCGUGUUGAAUGGGCUGGCAGCAGCGGUGCUGCUGGUGGUACUGCCAGCAACGACGGCAGCCGAAGCAGUAGUGAUGCUGUCACCCUUCACUGUGGAAUCCUCCUGGUGCAGGCAGGAGUGGGAGAGGGGGAAUUGAAGGAGGGAGAGAGGAUCAGGAGCAGGGGAAGUGGGGGGAUAAGGGGAGGAGAGGUGGGGAGAGGGGGAGGAGAGGAAGAGUGGGAGGAAGAAGUGGAGGGAGAGAGCGUUUGA